AUGGUAAAAGACGACUGUGUUUCGGUGGAUCCAAGGCAGGAUGUGAAACCUUCGUGGCCGGAAAACUUUGUAUAUUCUGUGAGGCGACCCCCUCCACCAUGUGGUAAGCAGUCAUCACCACCACCUCACGUCCAUCGCUACCUCAUGGGUUCACCUCUCUCUCUAGCAUGCAGGAUUCUCUCGAAUCAUCGAUCAGACGCCGUCAUCAUCAUCAUCAUCAUCAUCAUCAAUACUGUCACGUGGCACUGGGACUCCCUCAGCUGUCCCUCGGCAGCGUCGCGCUGUAAAGGAGGUGAAAGCCCCCGGGGCCAGGUGCUGCCCGGGCUGUACGUGGGGAACUACCGGGACUCCAAGGACGCGGCGCAGCUCGAACGCUUCCAGAUCACCCACAUCGUCGCCAUCCACGACGCCGCACGCAAGCUGCACUCGGUGGUUUACAUGGAGAGGACAAAGGAGAGUGAGACGGCGCCCCGUGUGUUGCAGGACAAGCACUACCUGUGCGUGAUGGCGUCGGACACGCCGGACCAGAACCUGACGCAGUACUUCUCGCUGUGCAACGACUUCAUCCACGCGGCCAGGCUGCGCGGUGGCAACGUCCUCAUCCACUGCCUGGCCGGCAUGUCGCGGUCUGUGACGGUGGCCGUAGCGUACAUCAUGAGCGUGACGUCACUCUCCUGGAAGGAGGCGCUCAAGGUGGUGCGCGUCGGGCGCGCCGUCGCCAACCCCAACUUCGGCUUCCAGCACCAGCUGCAGGAGUUCGAGUCCUACCGGCUGGCCGAGGAGCGCCGCCGGCUGAAGGAGCGCUUUCCCAGCCUGGCGUUGGUGGCGCAGGACGAGCAGCAGUGCCGGGCCAUGCUGCGCUCCUACCAGUCGCUGGUGCUCUCCAGGGACAUCUGCGAGGGCGACUGCCCGCGCGGAACCGUCUGUCCCACCGGCCUCUGCAACACGCCCACCAAGAGGUAA